CCUGCGGAAGCAUGGAGGGCGAGAGUACGUCGGCGGUGCUCUCCGGCUUUGUGCUCGGCGCGCUAGCUUUCCAGCACCUCAACACCGACUCGGACACGGAAGGUUUCCUUCUUGGGGAAGUGAAAGGUGAAGCGAAGAAUAGUAUUACUGAUUCCCAAAUGGAUGAUGUUGAAGUUAUUUAUACAAUUGACAUCCAGAAAUAUAUUCCAUGCUAUCAGCUUUUUAGCUUUUAUAAUUCUUCUGCUGAACUAAACGAGCAAGCACUGAAGAAAAUAUUAUCAAGCGCCAAAAAGGCUGUGGUUGGUUGGUACAAAUUCCGACGUCAUUCAGACCAGAUCAUGACAUUUAGAGAGAGGCUGCUUCAUAAAAACUUACAGAAGCAUCUUUCAAGCCGGGAACUUGUUUUUCUGCUGUUGACACCCAGUAUAAUGACAGAAAGCUGCUCUACCCAUCGGCUGGAGCACGCCUUGUACAAACCUCAGAAGGGACUUUUUCACAGGAUACCAUUAGUGGUGGCCAAUCUGGGCAUGUCCGAACAGCUGGGCUAUAAAACUGCAUCAGGUUCCUGUGAGUCCACUGGUUUUAGCCGAGCAGUAAAAACACACAGCUCUGAAUUUUUUAAAGAAGAUGGAUCUUUAAAGGAGGUUCAUAAAAUAAAUGAAAUGUAUGUUUCUUUACAAGAGGAAUUAAAGGGUAUAUGCAAAAAAGUAGAACACAGUGAGCGAGCAGUAGAGAAGCUACUAAAGGAUGUACACAGAUUGAAACAGGAAAUUAAAAAAAAAAAACAGGCACAAAUUCAAGCAGCACGAGAGACCGUCGAAAAAGACCCUCAGGAGAACAUUUUUCUUUGUCAAGCUUUACGGACCUUUUUUCCAGAUUGCGAAUUUCUUCAUUCAUGCGUUAUCUCUUUGAAAAAUAGGCAUAUUUCUAAAAGUAGCUGUACUGCCAACCACCAUCUUGACGUGAUAGACAACCUGACCUUGAUGGUAGAAUACACCGACACCCCUGAGGCUAGUCCAACUAGCAGUACACCGCCAGCCACUAAGCGUAAAGCUUUAGAUACCGAUGAUGGAUGGCAGUUCAAAAAGUUACGGCUGUUAGAGACACAAAACAAAUCAUCUAAAACAGAUACUGAUAGUAGCAAUCCAGAGAAAUCAUCUACAUUGAGCAGCCCUGAAAUAGAUGAAGAGAUUGAAAAAAUGAAGGGUUCUGGUGAAUAUCCACGGUCUCCUACAUUUUGAUCCUUUUAGGCCAAGAGGAGAUUUUUGAUUGGCUUAAGGAUAAAGCCAUUUAUACUGUCUUUACUAUGUUCAACUAUUUGCAGUGAUACAUAAAUUCUAGUGCAUUUA